GAGCCGCCGCUGUCCGCCUGCCAUGGCUCCUCCUCCCCUCCCACCCUUGGGUGGAACCAGAGAAGGGAGAACUUGCAGUGGUUAGCAGGCAGCAGAGCUCGCAGAACUACUGCAGCAGCAUGUCCCACUAGCGCGGUGAGCAGUGAUCCUGCCCUUCCCGAGGUGCUGCUGCUGCUGAGCACAGGACAAGAUGGUUAAAGCAAUGGGAGCCAGGAAAAAUCUGAAAAGGAAUGAGCAGCCGAGAGACCUGGCGUUCCUUGGGCAGCUUCAAAGGGAGGUGAAGUAUCUGAAUCAGCGCAAGAGUAAAUGAGUACUGGCUGCUGCCAUGUUGGCUGAACAGAGCUGUUCAGAGGCAGUUGGACAAGUUUGUGGCUGAUCCGGUUUAUCCAGUGUUGAAGAUGGGAAGUUACUUGUCUGCUCCAGCUUACUUUGCUCCCAAGGAUCCCUUUCGGUGCUCUGAAUGCCAGGAUGCCCUCACUAACUGGUACUAUGAGAAAGAUGGGAAGCUGUACUGUCACAAAGACUACUGGGGGAAGUUUGGGGAAUCUUGCCAUGGCUGCUCUCUGCUGAUGACUGGACCUGUGAUGGUGGCUGGUGAAUACAAGUAUCACCCAGAGUGCUUUGCUUGUAUGAGCUGCAAGGUGAUCAUCGAAGAUGGGGACACUUACGCACUGGUGCAACAUUCCACUCUCUACUGUGGAAAAUGCCAUAACCAGAUUGUGCUGACACCAAUGAUAGAAAAACAUUCCACCGAGUCUCUGCGUGAGCAGCUGCCUUAUACACUGACCCUCAUCUCCAUGCCAGCAGCCACAGAUGGCAAGAGGGGGUUCUCUGUGUCUGUUGAAGGUGGCUGCUCCAGCUAUGCCACUGGUGUCCAGGUGAAAGAAGUUAACAGGAUGCACAUCAGCCCAGAUGUCCGAAACGCCAUCCACCCCGCAGAUCGUAUCCUGGAGAUCAAUGGAGCUCCCAUUCGUACACUACAGGUAGAGGAGGUGGAGGAAUUGAUUCGCAAGACAAGCCAGACCCUUCAGCUGCUGAUCGAGCACGACCCGGUGUCCCAGCGCCUGGACAGGCUGCGCCUGGACUCCCGUCUGCCCAGCCACAUGAAGGCACCCAUGUCCCCGCGCUCCCUGUCACCACUGGACAUCAAGGAGAACCUGGAAGGAACGCUGCGACGGCGCUCCCUCAGGAGAAGUAACAGCAUUUCUAAGUCUCCUGGCCCCAGCUCUCCCAAGGAACCUCUCCUCCUGAGCCGUGACAUCAGUCGUUCUGAAUCCCUGCGCUCCUCUUCCAGCUGCUCCCAGCAAAUCUUCCGGCCCUGUGACCUCAUUCAUGGCGAAGUUCUAGGAAAAGGAUUUUUUGGACAAGCAAUCAAGGUGACUCACAAAGCAACAGGCAAGGUGAUGGUGAUGAAGGAGCUGAUUCGCUGUGAUGAGGAAACACAGAAGACUUUCUUGACAGAGGUAAAGGUGAUGCGCAGCCUGGACCACCCCAAUGUGCUGAAGUUCAUUGGUGUGCUGUACAAGGACAAGAAGCUGAAUCUCCUCACUGAGUACAUUGAGGGGGGCACUCUGAAGGAUUUCCUCCGCAAUGCAGACCCAUUCCCCUGGGAACAGAAGGUCAGCUUUGCCAAAGGGAUUGCCUCUGGAAUGGCUUACUUGCACUCCAUGUGCAUCAUUCACAGAGACCUGAAUUCACACAAUUGCCUGAUCAAGCUGGAUAAGACAGUGGUGGUGGCUGACUUUGGUCUGUCUCGGCUGAUUGUGGAGGAGAGGAAGAAGCCCACUCUGGAGAAGCCGUCUGCCAAGAAACGAACGCUGCGCAAGAGCGACAGGAAGAAGCGCUACACGGUGGUGGGGAACCCCUACUGGAUGGCCCCAGAGAUGCUGAAUGGACAGAGCUAUGAUGAGAUGGUGGACAUUUUUUCAUUUGGGAUUGUUCUCUGCGAGAUCAUAGGCCAGGUUUAUGCUGACCCAGACUGUCUCCCACGCACACUGGAUUUUGGCCUUAAUGUCAAACUGUUCUGGGAGAAGUUUGUUCCUGCUGAUUGUCCUCCAGCCUUUUUCCCUCUGGCUGCUAUUUGCUGCAGACUGGAACCAGAGAGCAGGCCCCCUUUUUCCAAGCUGGAAGAUUCCUUUGAAGCUCUCUCUCUGUACCUGGGAGAACUUGCCAUCCCCCUUCCAUCUGAGCUGGAGGAGCUGGACCACAAUGUGAGUGUGCAGUACGGACUGAACCGUGACAAGCUACCUGAAAACACUACCUAGUCUGCUCGUGCUGCUUCCUGCAUCACUUCCAUUGGAGCUGGGAUGAGCAUCAGGGAGGGAGAUGCACUUCAGCCACUUCCAGGGCAUUAACAGGGCACCACGCUGUGCAUCUGCUGCACUGCCUCUCUCUCCCCACCCAGCUUCCCUCCUCUUGGAUAUCCUGAUUCACUGUGGAUUUCUGGCGUGUUUCAGAAGCAAAAAGGACUGUUUCCUGCCAGCUGCACCUAGGAAAGCCUCUGAACACUAUUUUUCUGGCUUGAGAAGUAUUUCUCUGGCCUUUUCAGGCUUCUUUACUGUGGUGCCUUAGAACUUGGCUGCAAGCUGUGAAGCCACCCUGGUCUGUCUGCCAGGGAGGGAACUGCUAUAGGAGAUUCUCCUGGGUAAGGACCAGCACUUCUGGAACAACUUCUCCCACUGACUGCCCUGCCCAGAAAGCUGGGGAAAUUGGACAUCCUGCAACAUGUCCCACCAGGACAGCACAUGUAUGUAUUUGCAUGUGUUUCCCAGAACAACCCACUGAGAUUUUGGCCUCUGACACAGAUCAGAGGAAGGAGUAAAAAGCCCCAGGAAUUGGGCAGCUCUCCUGAAAUACCUUGUCUCUGGGGAAGCACGUAUGAAUUGUUGUUUUGGUUUUGUGGGCUUUUAUUCCUUCUGUGUCUCUGAAUACCUCCAAAAGCCUGCCUAGAAACACUAAGACUGAGCUCUGCUUGCCCAUCCUGAUGGCAAAUGAGGCAGGUGGCAAAUGAGCCACUGGAGCAUUUUCAGCCCCUGAGUCUGCAGUGAGUUUGCCUGCCCAAAACCUUAACCUAGGUGAAAGUUAUUUGAACCUGAAUGUGUAGUUCUGCACUAGGCACUGGGUGUGGACAUUCCUGAGUGCUUCACCUCUUGGCCUGUGGAUGUGAGGUGACAGAAAUGGUGGUAGAAGGUGCUUACCAGAAAGACAAAGGUUUGAAGUGGCUCAGACCUUAGGCAUGGACAAUGGCAAAAGGGGACUUGCCCAUGGUUAGUUAAAGGAUGGACUUGUCAUGAAUAGGAAAGUGCUGGAGAAUGUCCCAUCCUCCCUGGAGUGGCAGCUGGAGAACUAAUAAUUCAGUUGCUACUACCUCAUCCUUUCCUGCAGACUGUGCAAGUUGCUCCCUUUGAAGGUCCUUCUUGCAGCUGCUGCUGCAGCACCUGAGCUGAUUCUCCAAACAGAAUUUUUCCUCAGGGUCAUUCCCUGCUCUGGUGUGAGGGGGGAAAAGGGCUUGCAGUCACUGGGAGGUGGGUAGGGUUGUAUUUUCUUCCACUACUUCUCUUCCUCCCUUGGUGGGAGAAGGAAGGAAGCUACUGCUGCAGUAGCUCACAUGGUUGGCAGAACUGAACAAAAACCUGGCUCAAGUUCUGCUCCUAAGUCUCACAAACAUCAUGGUUUAACUGGAUUUUUAGUGUGCUCCUUUUCCCCUUCUCCUCCCUUCAGCAUUGAAUGGUGGGGAAUGGGUUUUAGUCUUUGCUGUUACUUUGGUUUCCUCCCCACUACCCAUGAGUUUAAAGUAUUAUGUAAAAUAACAUGGGACCAGCCAUCACCUGACAUCAGGUAUGCAAGGGGGGUGUUUUUAGUCUGUGUAGUGGUGUUUUAGAAACACUGGGGACUCCCUGUGCUGUGAGUCAGGCAGGAGCCUCUCUAAACUGGGUCCAGUGGAUCCAGGAUUGUUAAUAGGAUUUGCCCUUUCAUUCCCCCUCCCAGGCUGGUUUGUGAGGGGACCCCUGAAGGGAGAGUCCUGGGUGACGUGUGGGUGGGGUUUAUGAACUGUGAUUUGCACAGCUCCAUGUUCUAACUAAAUUAAAAAGCAGUAACUGUAUGCUGUUGAGAACAAGAUUUUUGUGGUCUCUGUGUUAAUAAAGCCGGAAGCUGUAACUUUCUCGGGUUUCUAUUGUAGUCACAAAAUGGCAACAUCAAAACUGCCCAGAUGAGGUAGCAUCUAGAACACCCUGUUUUGAGUCAGUGGCCUCUGCCACAUUCACAGAACUGCAGAAUCACAGUGCAGUGCUCUGUAGGACUAUUUACCUGGAGUGAGGGAAAGGGAAGAAGUUAUGUUCAUUCCUUGGUUGGUUUUUAAGGGUGGACAGGAGUCAGCAGAUCAUGGAGCCUCUCUUCAUUUUCCUUUUCUAAUCCAGGGGUAAAAAUACAGCCUGUUCUUGGAAACAUCUUACUCUGAAAUAUGUAGUUCAGGGGACAUUUGUUAAGACAACAACUGAACAAAAAUGCUGGCUCUGUUAGUACCUCCUGUAACCUGCUGUGCUCUGUCUCCACUGUAUUUCUGAAGGGAUAGAGCUGCUGUUGAGCAGCACCAAAGCAGAGCUGACCCAGGUCAGUGCAGGAAGGGGCUGUAACCAAGAGUGUGUUCCUGUGGGCCAGCCUGCUGAGUCACCCACAGCUCACACCCCCCACAGCUGCUUUUCAGGAGCUGUCCCACUCCAAGAGCUGCUGGCAGCAGGAAGACAAACUCCAUGCCCCUUUCAGUGCUGGUUAGUGCAGGCACUGCUUGUAGGGAUUGACCUUUGGGCCUGGAAAACUCGAGUGGCAUCUUCCCUUCUCCUCAAUUUAAAGUCUGAAACAAGGCAAAGGAUGCUGCUCUGGCAGGAGGAAUGCACAGAUGAGCCACAGUCCACACAGGUCUACAGAGCAUUCUUUUUUUAAGCUUUAAUACAAGGUAGCACAGUCUGCACCUUCUCAUAAUGAGGUAUUUAAAACAUUUUACAAAGAAAUGGUAUUCAAAGGCAUUUAAAAAUAAAAUAUUUCCCUUUUCUGAAUCAAACAUUAACACUAAAACCCCUGCUGCCAAGUGCUGCUCCCUGUUAGGCCCACAGCUAUAAAGCAGAUGGCUGGAAAACUUACUUGAAUGGCUUGAAUCCCAUGAAGCAGGGACAGAUGUUUUCCUGAACUGGCCUUGCCUUGGUGCCAUGAGGGAGACACUGCAGCAACCCUUCCUACCAAACCCCCUGAAAUGCUAAUAAAAGUUGUUACAAAACCUCUCUAAUAGGGCCAGGCUCUGUAAGUAAGUAGUCUUGCUGCACAAGCUGAGUGUGUGACAGAGGCUGGGCCAGAAGCCCCACCGGAACUUCAGCAUCUUACAAAACGGCUGCCCUGUUUGGUCCUUAGAGCCAGAACUGCUGCAGUGUGAUCAGGGUGACCUCCACAGCUUGGCCACUCUGUCCAGCACUGGCUCUGUAGGAAGCCAAAGGAGUUCAAAAGAGGAUGUUAUCUAUCCUCAGUGUUCAACCUGCUGUAAGUAACUGAAGGGCAGUUUGUUUUCUUCACCCCACAACUAUCUACCACCUGCCCUUGCUUUCCUGAUCUAAAUGAGCAGGAGGCACAGACAGACCCCCUGGACACCUACAACUGUGGCUGUGCGCGUAGCACCACAGGGGAAUAGAGAAGUGGCCUCAGCCCUGGAAGACCUGGAUUUGUCAAGAGCUUGAGGAGAGCACUGGGGGUAAACAUACUGCUUCUGGCCAAAGACAUCCCUCAAAUAUGCUCUUCCUUGGAAAAAAACCUGAUCCAGUAGCAGGAUUCUGGAAAGUGCUUCCAGCUCUCAGCCACUAAAGCAAAAAGGCAGGAACUAUAAUCAGAGUGUAAUUAUCUAGCUAAGUCUGACAUGAAGCUCCCCUCAGUCCCUGCAGUACUGUUCUCUCCUGAGGUUCCAGGCUGAAACUUAAGUAACAGUGCACACCAUUAAGUAGGAAAAGAACAGAAAAAGAGGAAGCCACAACCAUACUCUGGGCUAUGGGACCUGUGGCCAGGUGUAAGCCUGGCCCAUCAUCCCCCCCAGCUCCUUGGCACACCAUGGAGAUAGGUGGGAGGAAGCAGCAGGGUCCACCACACCAGUCCCCAGCUGGCCAUGCACUGAAUGGUGCCCCUCAAACAGAUGAUGAAUAGCCCAUUGUUCUGUUCCUCUGCAUCACCUUCAUCCGGCGUUCAUCGAAAAGAAAACAAAAUAGAAAUGAACACACGCAGCCCCUGUACUCACAGUGGGCAGCUGGAGGCUUUGCUCAGCCUGUAGCGCUCCUGCCCGAG